AUGAGGCCCCAGAAUUUCCGUCGAAAAGCGUGCCAUGCCGUCUCGAUUCUGUCGUCAAUCACGUCGAGCGUGCUCCCUUCGGCAACCUCAGUUUCGGACUUGUCGAUCGCGUCUUCGCUUCCCCUAUCCAGCACCCCCGUGUCAAGCGUCCCGAUCUCCAGCGCCGUGUCAAGCAUCGCCAUCUCCAGCGUGCCCAUCUUGAGCAGCACGGCGACAGCGACGAGCUCGGCCCCUCCAGCUGCUACGACCACCGCCGUGCCCUGCAUCGACUGCUCGACGAAGCUCAUUGAACACUCCAACUGGGACAACGGGCUUCUUUACACGGGCAACUACUACGCCCCCGUUAAGGGCGCCGGCUGGGGCAAGGGGACCAGCUCCAACGGCGACGGAACGCUCGAGCUGAGGUCCGACGCUAGCGGCUACUACGUCUAUAGCAUGUGCCCUAAGACGCACUCCGGGUACUGCAGGUCGUAUAUUAAUACGGUCGUGUCUCUGACGGCGGGAGUCGAGUACGAUUUUACGACGAUUUACUCCAUGAGCAACGUGAGAAACCAAGUGGACAUACUCGAGAUAUACGUUGAGUCGUUUGACAGGAGUACCCGCUACUUUGACCACUGGAUUUACUCUGGCAGCACUGCCGGGUGGACGACGUUCCAGAGCCUGACUUUCACUGCGACCAAGACCGAAGACGUGGUUUUCACCAUGACCUGGCGCAACGACCCCAACGAUGCCGUCGUCUUGUUCAGAAGCAUUUCCAUGUCUCCCACGGAAUGCCACACCCCCACCUCCGACAAGACAUGCUAG